AUGGGUUCCAUUGGAAAUCAUAACAAGCCUCAUGCAGUUUGCAUACCAUACCCUGCCCAAGGCCACAUUAAUCCAAUGUUAAAAUUAGCCAAAAUCCUCAAUCACAAAGGCUUUCACAUCACUUUUGUCAACAAUGAAUACAAUCAUAGACGUCUCCUUAAAUCUCGCGGCCCUGAUUCCCUCAAAGGUUUGCCAUCCUUUCAAUUCGAGACCAUUCCUGAUGGCCUCCCACCUUGUGAUGCUGAUUCAACUCAAGAUAUUCCUGCUCUGUGUGAAUCCACUACCAAAACUUGUUUAGGCCCUUUCAAGGAAUUGCUUGCAAAGCUCAAUGACACUUGUUCAUCUAACGUCCCACCUGUAUCGUGCAUCAUUUCCGAUGGUGUUAUGAGCUUCACUCUAGCUGCUGCUCAAGAAUUAGGCAUUCCUGAAGUUUUCUUUUGGACUCCAAGUGCUUGUGGUUUAUUAGGUUACAUGCAUUACCACGAACUUGCUAAAAAAGGAUACUUUCCACUUAAAGAUGCAAGUGACUUAACGAAUGGCUAUUUGGAGACCGCUUUGGAUUGGAUACCCGGCAUGAAAGACAUACGUCUGAGGGAUUUACCAAGUUUCUUGAGAAGUACAAAUCCAGAUGAUUUUUUGUUUAACUUCCUCAUCCAAGAAACAGAUAGAAGCAAAUCGGUUUCUGCUAUUGUAAUCAACACAUUUGAUCCAUUAGAGAAGGAUGUUCUUGAAUCACUUCAGACACUUCUUCCUCCGGUCUACACGAUUGGCCCCCUCCAUUUUCUUGUAAAACAUAUUGAGGACAAGAAUUUGGAGCGCUUGGGAUCCAAUCUUUGGAAAGAGGAUCCAAAAAGUGUAGAAUGGCUUGAUUCCAAGAAACCAAAUUCUGUUGUCUAUGUUAAUUUUGGGAGCAUUACUGUCAUGACUGCGAACCAACUUAUUGAAUUCGCGUGGGGACUUGCCAAUAGUCAAAUGGAAUUUUUAUGGAUCAUAAGACCUGAUAUUGUAUCAGGGGAAGAAGCAAUUCUUCCACCCGAAUUCAUGGAAGAAACUAAAGAAAGAGGCAUGUUGACAAGUUGGUGCCCGCAAGAACAAGUCCUUAGCCACCCUGCUAUUGGAGGUUUCUUGACUCACAGUGGAUGGAAUUCGACCCUUGAAAGUAUUGGCAAUGGUGUGCCAAUGAUCUGCUGGCCGUUCUUCGCGGAACAACAGACUAAUUGUUGGUUCAAAUGCACCCAAUGGGGAAUUGGAAUGGAAAUUGACAAUAAUGUAAAAAGGGAUGAAGUUGAAAGUCUUGUGAGAGAGUUAACAGUCGGCGAGAAAGGUAAAGAUAUGAAGAAAAAGGCAAUGGAGUGGAAGAAAUUGGCUGAAGAAGCGGCUGCAAAACCAACAGGAUCAUCUUAUGUGAACAUAGACAAAUUGAUCAAUGAAAUUCUCCUCAAACAUUAGGUGGUUGAUUUUCAUUAUUUCCUAUGUUGGCAUCAUCCUUUAAUUCUUGUUUCCCUUUUGCUUUUUUGUUAUGUUGUAACUUGGUGUU